AUAAGUGUUCUUGGGGUUUUAAGGUUUUGGGGCAGCUUUUGAUCAUCAACAAAAAGAGAUUUUGUCUCAAUCCUUCCUUGUGUUGAUUCGAUUACAUUCAUCAAAACAAGAGAUUAUUCUAAUCCCUUGAUUGAGCGAAGUAGGUCUCAAGAGUAAUAUCUCUUCUCUUGGUUGAGCCAAUUCCCAACUCUGCGUCUCUCUCUCUCAGGUUAAUAAUAAUUUCUCCAACACUGCUCCAAAACGAUUACAGCCGUCUUCCUCUCUCUCUCUCGGACUCUGAAUUGUGCUUUCUUCGUUAAAGUAGUUUACAAGAGUCGUCUUCAAUAAUGAUGAAGAAGGCUACGCCGGAAGAGGCUCGGGCUGUAACACGGGUCUUUUGGGACAUCAAGAUGUGCCCUGUUCCCAAUGGCUUUGAUCCUCGCCUGGUCCGUCCGUGUAUUUCAAUGUUCUUGGAGAAGAAAGGCUACCUUGGUCUUUUAAACGUCACUGCCUUUGGCGAACUUUCGGACGUCCCUAUUGAAACCCUGACUGGGGUCUCUUCCAGUGGAAUAAAACUUACAAUUGUUCCCCGCGGUGGUAAUUUAAUAGGCAUUGUUGAGAAAAAUCUACCUCCAGCCAAUUUUAUGGUCAUAUCCGAUCCAAAAGCCUGCCCUGAUUUAGCUUCCUUUCUACAAAUGUUCGGCUGUAACCCUAUCCUGCCAUGUCCAUUUCGCUCUAUACUUGCGGAACUUGUUCAACUUCAAGAACUUGAAGAACUUAUGAAAGGUUCACGGGCACGUGUGUCAGAAACGGCUGAAUUUGGGUAUUGGCAUUGCUUAGUAUGCGACCGUGAUUCUUUAGGCCAACGCUCUUUCAUCAAACAUCUAUCUGAUGAACACCAUCAUGAAAAGAUUGUAAAUUCUGGCAUUUUGUCAUUGUCCCAACUGUUUUUUUAGUCUUAACACCCUCUUUUACCACAAGUAGUCACUUCCUUGUUUUGACCCCUGCUUGUUGUUCAAGCAGAUGUUUGCUAGGAAGAGAGCUACAAAUAGGAUGCUUCCUCGUCAAAGUGUAGAUCCAGACGUUCAUGCAAGACGAAUUUGGUCUUCUUGUGACACGACACUGGUCUACUGGGACAUCAAUUCGUGUCCGGUUCCCCCUGGCUGUGAUACUAGUCUGGUCGCUCCGUGCAUCAAACGGUUCUUGACCGAAGAAGGCUGCUCUGGUCCUCUCUCCAUCAUUGCCAUUGGAAGACUAACAGAAGUCCCUAAUGACAUCCUGAGGAAAGUCUUUUCCAGUGGAAUCAGUCUUCACAACGUUUCCUACGGACCCUCAGACACUGAUUCUUCAUCAUUCCAGUCAUCAUUCCAGUAAUUGAUGGUGAUAUCAAAUUCGAGAAUAUUUGGUUGUAUGCGAGACUUUAUUCAAUCCAGUUUCAACCUACUCCAUCCGUUUCCAAAUGGAUCUCUUCUUCAGAGCUUUUUUCAGUCAGACUCAGACUCUGGAGAACUCGAGGAGGAUAACAGCGGUGAAUAUCCCUUCUGUGAACAGCCCUUCUCGAUUUGCUCAGUAUGCGGCUACAAGACUUAUUUUCAUUGGGCUGAAAGGUUUACCAUUGAUUCCGCCUUUGAAAGGUUCACCAUGCAUCUGGAUAGUACAUCCCAUCAACAGAAGUUGUCGGCACUGUUGCCUAUUAGUAGGCGACUCCAAUACUUGAGUGCAUCAAUAAAUGAACCUCUUGAGAAAAACCUGGAGGCUGUAACAUCGGUCUUUUGGGACCCCAGGACGUGUCCGGUUCCACCUGGCUGUGAUCCUCGUCGGUUCGGUCUGUGUAUAAAACGGUUUUUGGGGAAUCAAGGCUACUCUGGUCCUCUCACCAUCACUGCCAUUGGCGUACUAACAGAUGACGUUCCUCCUUUCAUUCUGGAAGGAGUCUAUUCCAGUGGAGUCUCUCUAAAUAACGCUUUCGGCGAUAGAGCGUUUUCAGAGACAUUGGAUGGACUUAUUACUGGUUUUACCUUAAAGAAUGAACCUCCAGCUAAUAUAAUGGUCAUAUCCGACGGAAAAUACUUCACUUCUAAGUAUGCUUUCGGGCUAGAAUUGAGUGGAUACAACAUUCUUCGAUGUGAUUCUCUUGAAAGCAUUUUUUCUCUGCCAGAUUCAGGGGCACUUGAGGAUGAUGAGUGCAUUGAUGAAAUGAGUGAGUCUGCCUUCUGGAUUUGCUCAAUAUGCGACAUGGGUAAACGUUACCAAGGUUUUCAAAAUUUCAGCAGUCAUGUAUUGAGUAGGCAACAUUCACUGCAGUGGGAGAAGUGGCACUUAUGUAGUGGGCAGUGGGCGAAGGCGAAUGACGUUCCUCCUUUCAUUCUGGAAGGAGUCUAUUCCAGUGGAGUCUCUCUAAAUAACGCUUUCGGCGAUAGAGCGUUUUCAGAGACAUUGGAUGGACUUAUUACUGGUUUUACCUUAAAGAAUGAACCUCCAGCUAAUAUAAUGGUCAUAUCCGACGGAAAAUACUUCACUUCUAAGUAUGCUUUCGGGCUAGAAUUGAGUGGAUACAACAUUCUUCGAUGUGAUUCUCUUGAAAGCAUUUUUUCUCUGCCAGAUUCAGGGGCACUUGAGGAUGAUGAGUGCAUUGAUGAAAUGAGUGAGUCUGCCUUCUGGAUUUGCUCAAUAUGCGACAUGGGUAAACGUUACCAAGGUUUUCAAAAUUUCAGCAGUCAUGUAUUGAGUAGGCAACAUUCACUGCAGUGGGAGAAGUGGCACUUAUGUAGUGGGCAGUGGGCGAAGGCGAGUAUAAGAAGACUCGCUUCCUUCGAGUUUACCCUUAUUCAUAUAUCUUUUGCAAUAAAUGUGACUUGA